GAAGUCAAAGGCCGUUCGAAAACCGCUCGAAUGGGUUGGCGGAGAGGAUUAAACAGAAACAAAAUAUUAUCGUUUGAUGACAUACGUCCACCGAAGCAAGCCUAACGUCGUGCAUAUGGACUUUUUAAUGUUCCUAGUUUGCGGUGCAGGUGAAAAGGCUACGCUGUAGACGACUUUUCGUGGAUAUUUUAUUCUUUUUUCUUUUGGACGUCUGUUUGUUGGUCUGUACGGUCGCAACAAGCUAGCGCUAGCCUCGACUCCUCGGAGCUGCUGUUGAGCUGCCAUGGUCGUCGCGACUUUAUGCGGAUGUGUCCGGGCCAGUCUUUUCUGAAACCGACGUCAACAAAUGGGACCAUCCAGUAUCGGCCGAAAACACCGCGGCGUAGACUAACCGUUUCAGUUUCAUUUAAUUAUUUGUGGAAAUCAACAGAGGAUUCUGCAGCAGGUGUUUUCUAGUUGGAUUUUAGCGCACUGACAUUCUCCUCCCACAGCCAUGGAAUCGACGGUUGAUGACGAUGCAAUGGCAGCGUGAAUGAAGCUUGGCGUGGGGAGAGCUGAACGAUGCCCAAAGGUGGGGGUUCUAAAACCCCCCAGCUGGACCACUUCCCACUCAACACCGACAUGGUGGAAAAGCAGGGUGGGAAGAAGGAUAAAGUGUUGUCAAACAAGACACCCAAAUUGGAUCGCAGUGAUGGCGUCAAAGAGAUGAAAGAAAAGGCCCCUAAAAGGAAGCUGCCCUUUACUACUGGAGCUAAUGGAGACCAGAAAGAUUCUGACUCAGAGAAACCAGGUCCAGAACGGAAGCGCAUUAAAAAGGAGCCCACCAACACUCGGAAGGCGGGCUUGCCGUUUGGGAUGGGGAUGCCAGGGAUCCGGGCCGGGUACCCCCUCUCUGAACGGCAGCAGGUGGCCUUGCUCAUGCAAAUGACAGCUGAGGAGUCCGUCAACAGUCCAGAUACAACACCAAAGCAUCAGUCACAGUCCAGUAUGGGUCAGAAGGGAACACCAAACUCUGCAUCUAAAACCAAAGACAAAGUAAAUAAACGAAAUGAGAGAGGAGAGACUCGGCUGCACAGAGCAGCGAUCCGUGGAGAGGUACGCCGCAUCAAGGAGCUCAUCAGCGAGGGAGCUGAUGUGAAUGUAAAAGACUUUGCAGGCUGGACUGCAUUGCAUGAAGCGUGCAAUAGGGGGUAUUAUGAUGUGGCCAAGCAGCUGCUGGCAGCCGGGGCAGAGGUCAACACCAAGGGUCUGGAUGAUGACACCCCUUUACACGAUGCAUCCAAUAAUGGACAUUUCAAGGUGGUUAAGCUGCUGUUGCGGUAUGGAGGGGACCCAUGUCAAAGCAACAGGAGAGGUGAAACACCACUGAAGGUUGCCAACUCUCCAACGAUGUUAAAUCUGUUGCUGGGGAAAGGCACUUACACUUCAAGUGAAGAAAGUUCAUCAGAAUCUUCAGAGGAAGAAGAUGCCCCCUCAUUUGCACCGUCCAGCUCUGUCGAUGGCAAUAACACAGACUCAGAGUUUGAGAAAGGCCUGAAAUUGAAAGGGAAACCCAUAGAGCCUCCUAAAUCUGCUGUCACACCAGUCAAAGACGAAUACGAAUUUGACGAGGACGAUGAGGAGGAACGUGUCCCCCCUGUGGACGAUAAACACCUUUUGAAAAAGGAUUUCCGUAAGGACCAGAUCGCCAAGGCCGCUAACAGCGCCAACAGCUUAAUCUCCAUACCCAAGAUGGAGGUCAAAACUUAUUCCAAAAGCAACUCGCUCACACCAAAGAAAACUGUCAGGCGGAUCAUCUCUGACAGUAACAGUUCAGAUGAGGAUGACAGGACAUUGUGUUUCACGCCAGCACCAACACCACGGCAACAAGCCCAGCAAACAAAUACCAAGGCUAGAGACUCUGGCAGCAUGAGCUCUAAACAACAGAAAGACAAGAAUAAAGUCAAGAAGAAGCGGAAGAAGGAGAGCAAAAAUAACGCCAGUAAAGAAGUCCGGUUUGGUAAAAUCAACGACAAAUUUUGUACAUCGGAUUCUGAUUGUGGGGAUAUGGAGAGUGAGGACGACAAGGGCUCAAAUAGUAUGAAGGACUCUUCUGCAGCAAGCCUGAAAGAAUCCUCCGGCUUUAACGCAUCCUCCUCCUCUUCCCAUGGUAACUUGAACUCUCAGAAACAAGCUCAGUCAUUAGCAGAACAGCAUCCAAAGCAGUGGAGGACAGAUGGAUGGAAGACGGUGUCAUCUCCUACAUGGUCAGAUGUCAGUUCUCUCUCAGAUUCAGUCAGAACAAGACUCUCCAGUGAGUCUGACUACUCCUCCGCUGAUUCCAGUGUAGAGUCAAUAAAACAAGUUAAGAGGAAAGCACAGGAGAGCAAAAAGAAGAACAACAAUGUGCACAGUAACGCUGUAGACAAGAAAAAUUCUGAGCUCUUCAAAAACUCCAGUGUGGACAGUGCCGUGUCCAAAACUGAUGUCGAUGGCAAAGUGCUGAAGAAGCACAAAGUGAAGCAUAAGCACAAAAAUAAAGAAAAGGACAAGGCUCCGAGUCUAGUGCUUAAUCAGGACAUGAAUGAGAAAUUUGUGAAAAGUUAUUCCUUUGAUUUUGAUGACUCAAGACAGAAGUCCCUAAUCGUUGAGUCCGAAUCACCGGCUGAGAGCAAAGUCAAGUUGUCCAAACACGAUAAAGACCAUUCAAAAAAGGAGGACAGGAUAUUGAAGAGUAAGUCAGAAGAGAAGGAUUGGUCAUCUGGUAAAGAUCAGCAUCGAACAACAAAGGAGGAGAAAAAUAAGAAAACAAAGGACUCCACUAAGGAUAAAGCAAGCAAGGAGGAGAGGGAGAAGCCUGCAAAAUCUGAAAAGGAAAGAAAUCUUAAAGAGAAAGAGAAGCCCAAGGAGGAUAAACAAAAAGCUCACAAAGAGGAGAAGAAGAAAAAGUCCAAAGAGAAGUCAUCCUCAAAGGCAGACAGGAAAAGUGAGCAGAAAGAGGAAAAACAUCUUAAGGUAGACAAAGAGAAAAACACCAAGGAGGAGAAAGAAAAAAGUAAAAAAGACAAGGCACAGAAAGACGACGCUGACUAUGAAAGUUAUGACGUCAACAACCGUUUCCUCAAUCUGGAGGACACGAAGCUCAGUGCCUCGGAUGACCACCAUGACAGAUGGGGCUCUGAGAUGUCGUCUGACUCCUCCCUCUAUGAAGAUAGUUGGGAUGCUCCCAUUAAAGAGUACAAGGAAUACAAAGCCAACAACUCCGUUAAACUGAUUGUUGAGACUGUUAAAGAAGAGACACGCAGAAAAGAGAACAAAGUCAAGGACAAGAAGUCGGAUCACAGUGAGAAAAGAUCAGAGAAAGAGGCCACUUCAAGAAAGAAAGACAAAGACUCCUCAGAAAAGACAAAUGAAAAGAAAAAAGACUGGUCAGAAAAACAAAAACUGAACUCAAGUCACUCAGUUGAAAAAGAAAAGAAGCGGAAGGAGUCCACUGACGGAGUCAAAGACAAAAAAGACAAGGAUUCUCUGGACAGCAGUCGAGACCGCAAAGACUCGCAUGAGUCCUUAAAAGAAAGAAAGGACAUCAAAAUCAAGCAGGAAUCUACAAGAGACGAGUAUGGCAAUGAUGCUUUCUUCAAAGACAUUGAUGCCAGCAAGUCCUGUGAUAUCAGAGAAAGAAACCACUCUGGAAAGGAGAAAGAAAAGAAAGGCGAGGGAACAGAAAAGAGGGAAAAGAUAAAAGCAGACAAGCACAAAGACAAAACAAAAGACAGAGGAGUUGAUCAGGAGAAGGAGAAGAGCGAGAAAAGCUCCACAGAAAAACUUGCUAAGGAAAAGGACACGGACCGGGCUACCAAAGACAAGAAGGAGGGAGCCAAAGACAAACAUAAAGAGUCUCAUGGCAAAGACAAAGAUCGAAAGAUGUCUUCAGAACUGACCAAGGAUAAGAAAGAAAAAUGCUCCCAGGACAAACAUGCAGACAGGGAGAAAGAUUUCUUGGAGAUAAAGAAAGAGGAAAGAAAACCCGAGAAAAUCCGGGAGAAAACAUGGUACAAGAUAGCUGACAUAUUCACUGAUGAAAGUGAUGACGAUGAUGACAGCUACAAUAGUGGUGUCCUCGUGUCUGACUCCGUCCGAAAAGACUCAACACCUGAUCAGGAUGAGCUGGAUCACUUCCCCUCUGAAAAAAGUAGAAAAUCUUCCUUGGAGGCUAAACAUAACACAGAAAAGGCAAAAGACAAAGAACACAAAGAAAAGAAGAAAGAAAAGGCCACAUUUGACACAGGUAAAGAGAGGAAAGGCUCCCUCGAGAAACACAACAAAGACAAGAAGGACUGUGUAGAUGCAAAACAUAAGGAAAGAAAAGACAGGGUGUCAGUGGACUCAAACCAAGACAAGAAAAACAAGCAGAAGCUGCUGGACAAAAGGGACACCAGUGAGGAAAAGACAAAAAGUAAAUAUAAAGACAAGCUGGACCAUUCUAAAGAAAGAAAACCUUCAAAAGGCAGUGGUGAGAAUGAAAAGUCUCUUUUGGAAAAAUUAGAAGAGGAAGCUAUGAAUGACUACAAGGACGACUCCAAUGACAAGAACAGUGAAAUCUCUUCAGAUAGUUUCACCGACAGAGGUCACGAGCCAGUCCUCACUAGUAGUUACUAUGAAUCCAUCAGUCUGGCUGAUGUGUCCGAGGACAGGAGAGACUCUUUGUCCAUAUCUACGCCCCAGGACAAGUUCCGAGAGAAGGAAAGGCAUCGGCAUUCAUCUUCAUCUUCGUCUAAGAAAAGCCAUGACAAGGAUAAAGAAAAGGUCAAGAAAGAAAAGGGAGAUAAACGUGACAAGACAGAGGAGAUCAGAGAGUCCUACAGCCGCAGAGAGAGCCUACCUUUUGAGAAAGAGGCCAUGCCCCUAGAAGCUGACCCUUACACAUUUCCAUAUGGAGGUAAGGGAGAUGGAGAAGAUGACUUUGAGAAAACACUGGAAUUUGAAAAAGAAAUGUCCAAAAAGGACAAAGACAAAGGAUCUGGUGUCAUCAGUGACAGAAUGAAGGACAAAAAGAAAAAGGAGAAACAUAAGGAAAAAAUUAAGGAGGAGAAGAAUAAGUACCUUGAUGGUUUUGGGUCAUUUAAACACUCCAAAGAGGAUAUCAAAUCAGGAUUGAAAGACAGCCCGCAGAUCACCGUCCUGAAAGACAGGUCAAAAGAAGACAGUCCUAAAUUUGAAAUGAAGAAAGAGAGAAAUCGGGACACAUUGGACAAAGAUAACCGAAUGGAUCAAAUUAAAUCUAAGACCAAGGAUGAAAAUGAAAAGCUCUCUCAGUCCAAAGACACAGGUCGGAAAGAUAAUCGUCCACGUGAAAAACUGCUAGUGGAUGAUGAUUAUCAAAUGACAAGUUUUGGCCAGAUGUUGAGUCUAAAGGACCAGGAGAUUGAAGAGAAACACAAGAGACACAAAGAAAGGAUGAAGCAGAUGGAGAAACUGAGACCCAAGUCAGGGGACCCAAAACUUAAAGACAAAACCAAGUCCACAGAGGAAGUCAGAAAAAACCGCAGUGAGCUAUCUUCAAAGAAAUCCAACAGUCUUGAAUCUGGUCUUAAAGAGAAGAAGCUGAAGGAUGUGGGUCUCCCUCCCCAAAUGAUGUCCCCAGGCAGGAAGUUCCAGCCUCCAGACAGUCAAAACUCAAAAGACUGGCUUGGUAGCCAUCAAAUGAAGGAGCAUCUCCCUGCCUCUCCUAGGCCAGAUCAGAACAGGCCAACUGGUGUUCCCACACCAACGUCUGUCAUCUCCUGUCCCAGUUUUGAAGAAGUAAUGCAGACUCCUCGAACCCCAUCUUGCAGUGCAGAGGAUUACCCUGAUAUUAUGUUGGAUGGGUUGGACUGUCAGAACUCAUCAGCUAUGACAAUGUCAAUGAAUGCUUGUUCCCCAUCCUUCUUUGAAAGUAGGUACUCUAAUCCCCAGAGCUUCCAGGAAGGCACCUGCCCUACCCCUGCGAAGAACCUCCAGCUGCCACUUGUCAGUCGUUCUGCAUCCUCAGAUGUCCGCCGGCCCCUGGAGGAUGAGUUCAAGGCUGAAGCUGACAAAUUCCUUCGACAGCAGCAAACUGAUCCAGAGGUGGACUUUGAUCCAUCAUCCUCCCAAACUCUAGAGGACAAAUCAGCAACAAUAGAUAGGCUAGAGUGCCUGUCAACUCACUACUUUUCUCCAAUCGGUAUGUUGUCCCCCCGGCUGGAGCCAGCACACCAAACACCGGAUGUGGCAGCACCAGCUCUUACUGGCCCUGAGGGUAAUGAGCACCUUCCUGAAAGUGUAUACAGUUACUUGCCCAAACCUUCCACUCCAGUUCAUAGGCCAGACCCUCAGGAGCCCUGCUUUGACAUUGCUGCACCACCAACGCCAGCUCCUGCGGCCUUGCCACCACUGGACAUCGAUGACAUCUCAGAGCCUCAUCAUAGUGAACCUAACCUGGUCCUGUCAGAUCUUCCUUCUGUCACAGAAGAGCAGGAGCAGGAGCAGGAACAGGAACAGGAAGACGAGGACUACGAAGAAGAGGAGGAAGAUGAAGAAGACGAAGAAGAAGAAGAAGAAGAAGAAGAUGAAGAAGAGGGUGAUAUGGAUGAGAGAGAUGAUGGAGACCAUUGUGUAGUUGAGGAGCCCGAGCAAACAAGGGACCCAUGUCCCUUCUCCCCUCAGGUUGAGGACCCCCUGAGAAAGAGCUGGCCUGCUGAGUCUCCAGACAGGCACGAUUCAGAGGUCCAUCAGCUCUCCCCAACCCAAACUGGACCUAACCAAGGAGAGGACUGCUAUGAACACAGCAUGGGUUGGAACCCUGAUAUGGACCUCAAAUCACCCAACCGGACGUAUGGGGAAAUAGAAGCUGCCGUCUCUAAAAUCACCAGUCCUUAUUCACAUUCAGACAGUGACAUGCAGCACUCUGUACACCCUUCUAUCACUCCCCCAUAUGCUACCUGGAAUAGGUGGCCCAAAGAGGACCCAGAAGACUUUGAUGAGCAAAAGGAGGCUGUGGCUGACAUCCCUUCCUCUCCAGAGAGGCAUGACACAACUAUGGAUGUGGAACCCAACUAUUUAAACACCUCAUCCUCCUCCAAUAGACUGGAGUCAUUCUUUCAGGAAUGCAACAAACCUAGUAUAGAUGAUAGUCACCAGAUUGACACAGAGCCAACAUGUGUUGAACCAGACAACAGACAGACCCCACACAGUUUCAGUGAUACCACUGAGGGUCACAUGGUUCCACCGGUUGGCCCCGAGCCUGUGGUGCCCUGGGCAGACCCAUUCUCGGCUGAUGCAGAUGAACUGGAUGACCUGGGACCAUUUUCUUUGCCAGACCUACCACUACCAGACAAGUCAGAAGAAGCUGAGCCUCGAGACCCUGAACCAGUGGAACAUACCAAAAUUGUGCCGAGCCACAUCAGACAUAGCAUAACUGACAGAGAAGACCCAGAUAUCAUGGAGGUUGACCUUCCAAGCCUGGCUAAGACACCAUGCCCUGCUGCAGACCUAAGUUUGGGAGAGCCCACUGGACAAGAUUUAGUUGUACCAACACCACAUGACAACUUCCAGCAAGACUUGGAUGUUGAGCCCCAGAGUGUACCAGUUAACAGUGCUCUGUCUCUUAUUCAACAACAGGAAAGGCAAGAACCUUAUGGAGGACCCGAUGAGUUGGAGUCCAAUAUAUUGUAUUCCUCAGUGAAAUCAGAUGCCAGUCAGCAACAUCACAUACAGGUCCACUCCUUCACUGAAUCACUGCAGUUACCCCUGGACUCAGUGUCUACUCUCAAGCCAGAGGUGAGACAGGAGGAGAUGCCUGAGCCUGCAGCAGAACCUAUGCCAUGCAGUCCUCUUCCUCAGCCCCCAGUGGCAGUCAACCUUCCUAGCACAGUGGAACUACCAGACACUCAGGAGACCACGUCCAAGCUAACCCCAGUAACCCUGACCACCGUAUCCACCAUUAUAGAUAUCCCUAAGAAGGUAGAUGAAAUCCCACAAAGAAUAACCCGCAAUCGCGCCAAGAACAAUCCCCCUACUGUUGUUGUCCCUUCUACCUCUAGCAUAAUAACCUCAUCUGUCACUGCCACCCCUGUUACCACCAGUCCAACAGCAAGCAUCACCCUGAAUCCUACGAGAACCCCAACACCCACCUCAGGCUCUUCCUUCUCAACUCUGAAGAAGGACAAAGAGUCUGUGCUUCACAUCUCCUCUACUGCAACAAAUACAGUCUCCGCAGUUUCUGUACCUGCUUCUGUGACGACGUCUGCAACAGUGGUUCUCAGUAGGACGACAAAAGGACGCCCUCUCCAAGUGGAUGAUGACGAGUCUCAGACCCAGCACCCACGGAAGAGGAAAUUUGCUCGUUCUGCUGGGCAGCACGUCCAGGUCCAGCUGGUUAACACGGCAAUGCAGCAGACAAGAGAAAUGAUUCAGCAGACUUUGGCCGUAGUGGUAAAUGCCAUCAAGCUGGACGAUAUCGAGCCCUACCACAGUGACCGUUCAAACCCUUACUUUGAGUACCUGCAGAUCAGGAAGAAGAUUGAGGAAAAGAGAAAGAUUUUGUGUUACAUCACCCCGCAGGCCCCUCAGUGCUAUGCUGAAUAUGUGACCUACACGGGCUCUUACCUGCUGGAUGGAAAGCCCCUCAGCAAACUUCACAUCCCUGUGAUUGCACCGCCUCCGUCGCUGUCGGAACCUCUGAAGGAACUCUUCAGGCAACAGGAGGCAGUAAGAGGGAAGCUCAGGUUGCAGCACAGCAUAGAACGGGAGAAGCUGAUUGUUUCCUGCGAGCAGGAGGUUCUGAGGGUCCACUGCAGAGCAGCGAGGACAAUAGCCAAUCAGGCUGUUCCAUUCAGCGCCUGCACCAUGCUUUUGGACUCUGAAGUGUACAAUAUGCCAUCAGAGAGCCAGGGUGAUGAGAACAAAUCUGUGAGAGACCGCUUCAAUGCUCGUCAGUUCAUUUCUUGGAUUCAGGAUGUGGAUGACAAAUAUGACCGCAUGAAGACAUGUUUGUUGAUGCGGCAGCAGCACGAGGCAGCCGCCCUCAACGCAGUGCAAAGGAUGGAGUGGCAGUUGAAGGUCCAAGAGCUGGACCCAGCGGUGCACAAGUCCCUCUGUGUCAACGAAGUGCCGUCCUUCUAUGUGCCAAUGGUCGAUGUCAAUGACGACUUUGUCCUUCUGCCUGCGUGACACACGCGUGCUCACAGAUGGAGCGCAAACUUUGUCUGAAUCAGUUCUUCUCAAAGAGACUUCGUUUAACAGAACGAACGGAAAGGGCUAGCAAGAUUUACAGAGGACUUUAGAUAAGAAAUAAUUAUAUUCUAUAGAAAAAGUAAAGAUGAAAAACUUGCUCUCAAUUCCCUUCCGCCGAGAAGGAUACUUGUUUUUACUGGGGGAAAAAAGAAAAUACACAACUUGCACUUUCAUCCUCAAAAGUUUUUAACACUUUUGUUUGAUCAGAGUUGGAGAAGCAGAUACAGUUUUUGCUUCGAGGCUCUGACGUCAGGACGCAACUCCUCAGUGCUCAGUUCUGGUGAGACCGGGGGACAGAGAUGUAUUUUCUGCAUUCUUUUUGCUCCCGCUUCAAUAGACCCACCACCACCACCACCACCACCACCACCACCACCGGGAGGAGCUAUCUGAAUAGAGCUAUCUCAGCAGUGCAGUGCCUGUCCUAAGGGAGGACUGAGGCAAAGCCUCCCGUUGAUCCAGUUCUCCUGCUGGGGCCACGAGAACUAGACCGAGUCGGCGCUGGACUGUCAACGGAGUCGUGGUGCGUCAUGUGGAUCUUCUAUGUGCGUCUACGCCUCGACAGCUGAGACGAACAGACGUGGAAGCUACAACCAGCCGUCGUACGACCAGAGGAAGCCGUUUCGAUUCACUGCACCUGUUCCGUGCAGCAGAGCCUGCAGCAGGUCAGGAUACAGCAGAGAGUUAGCGAUGUGUGAGUGAGCGCACAUCAGGGCCCAGUGUCUGAGGGGGAGGAGACUGAACCCCGCAGCCUCUCAGCCUGGCUAAAACACAAGAGGAUGGGCAUGGUUCGCUGAGGACAGACCGGAGUGUUCCUCGGCCAGCCAAACCCAAUCCCCCACCCCCACCGCUCGCUCCCACACAAACACGUCAGACCGCCAUGGACUGCAAAAAAGAAACACCACAGGACAACCAGAAGAAACAAACACAACGAAUGUUGAGACUCGCAAAGAGACUUUUGAGAAAUAGUGGUUUAGCAGGAGAGAAAUCUUGUUUUUGUCUAUUUCUUUACUUGGGCAUUUCAUUGUUUCUGAGGAAGUGACUUGAAACACUACAGAGCCAAUAUUAGUUUAAUGGAAAAAAAACAAACAAAAGAAAACAGAAAAAAAGUUGUAUUCCGUAAAUUAUGUACAGUUUUUAUAUUCGUUAACCAAUGUAUUCUUGCUGCCUUCUAGAUAAUUUAUUUUGCCACACAUUACUGCACAGUUGUAAAUAACCUAUGUACUGUAAUAUCACUCAGUUAAGUGUAAAGAAAAAACAUAAAAGAAAUAAAAAUUAUCUUUUUAUGUACAGUUCACUUUUGGGCAGCACUUUCCCCCCUUCAUAUCCAUGGGCCAAAAUGUGUACACGGUUCUGUCAGUAUUUGAACGACUCCAGUGCACAGUUGUUAUGAUCCCAUCUCUAGAUCCACGUCCAGGGGCCGACGAGGCGUCCUCACCUGGACGUGGAUCACCACAAAACACAAAUAUAGCUGACAGAGAAAAGCGGCCUCCCACAGGCCCCCCGACACCACACAGUCCCUCGGAUGUAGCAGAAUAACUGUUGAGGAUUUAUUUAAAGAAUAGACAGAGGAUUAUUAUUCAUUACUUUACUACACAAUUCUAUCUGAAAAUUUUCGAAACCAAGAAAAUGCCUUUUUCAGUGAAAAAAAAAAAAAAAAAGACUCAUUGUUGGGCAAAGCCACAUAGAUAUAUAUUGGUGGGAUGAAAGUUAGAUGUCAUUUACAAGCAAUGCCAUCGUGUUCAUGUAGUAUGGGUUCAUUUUUUUCUUGUUUUUGCUUUACAAAAAUUGGACUGAAAUCAUUUCUCUCGAUCACAAACUGUUUGUUUUUCCGUAACCAAGGAGACACAGGUCUGUCAGCAUUUCACCACACGUCCUGCUCUCAGCUCACGUGCUUCGUGUUAAAUAGACUGAAGCGCUGUAACGGCCUCGCAAAGCUUUCAUUCCACACCGACUUCACAUCGUCCUGUCAGUCUGUUUUGCCUCUUGUCCGAGAUUGGAGAGCAGCUCCCCCCCCCCCUCCCUUGGUGCUGUUCCAUUUUUACUCACUGGAUGGCACUGUGGUUCAGAAAAUUGAAGAACCUUCUUUUGCUUUGCAUGAGACCUGUGGCCUUUCACAUGAGUGGGUGUUUUUAAGUGUAUUUCACUUCUGAUUACGACCCGUGAGCAGUUUAAUUUCCAGAGUUUGGUUUGUCAGUGAAGUCAUAAAACCCUGCGUUAAAGUUAGCCAUCCGAUUUUUUUAUCAGUGCUUAAUUUAUAAAGAACUUUAAAAAAAAAAAAAAAAAAAUAAAUAGGUUACUUCCUCAUAUUGCUCAGUUGUGUUGGGGGGAGGUUUUUGCCAUGUUCAUGUUGUUGUGUCGGGCCUGAGCAGACAGUUACAAACAAGACUUUUUCUCCGAAUGAACCAAAAAGUGAACAGACAACACAAACAGUGGAAUAGCGUAACACUGAAUCGACUAUUUUUCUUUUCUUUUUAUUCUUUUUUUACGAUCGUCCGUUCAGAAUCCCGUCGAGGUGUUGGUCUGUGGUGAUCUGCAUUGAUUCAAAAUUGUCCGUGGGUCCUUGUUUUUGAAGAGCUUUUUUUUCCCUUGGACCUACCACACAGGCUGUGUGUGCGUGUGUGCGUGUGUGUGUGUGUGUGUGUGUGAGCUGCUCAUGUAUCCUGAUGGCAAUAGUAUCUGAAACUUUAAGUUAUUUACACACUGUCAGUCAACGUAGCGGUGUCCGGUUUGUCUAGUAAAGUGCGAUGGUUGUUGCUAUUACACUGUGCAGACAAGGUGGCUAGAUGCAUAGUCUUGGAUAUACAUACACAUAUAUAUAUUAUUAUUUUUCUGUGACAGUUACACACAUCCUGGUUCGUAUACAUACACGCACAUAUUUGGAUUUACAUAGCCAGAUUUAAUUUGUUUUUUUAUUUUUUAAAAAACCCUCUUGGUCAUGAUUUUUAUUUUGUUUUUAUUUGGUUUCUUACAGUUUUUUUUGGGGGGGGGAGAGGUUUAUGGAUGUCUUUUGUUGACAAACCCGUGUGUGUGUGUUUUAGCUCAGUGUGUGUAGUGAAUGUUCUUGUGUUUUUUUGUUUUUGUUUUUUUUUAAAUUUCCUUCCUAAUAGAAGCAUAAGCACCAGUGGCAUGUCAAUCACAUGGCUUACACAGCAGAAUGUAUACCGUUAACUAUGCCCCGACCGACACCACCACCCUCUCACUAUUGUUUACAAGUCAUCGAGUGUGCGUGUGUCUGUUCCAUGCGUCACCUUCUAACGGUUUAAGCCCCGCCUUUGUUUCUUCUUCUUCUUCUUCCUCUUCCGUCAUCAGUCAUUUAUUUGAACCACAAAGGCUUGAAAUAGUGAUGGUUGACAUAAGUGACGUUCGUUGGUUCCCUGCCGCGCUCGGCGAAUCUCAUAACUCUCGUGCGACCGCUUUGAUUCUCCGUUGUGAAUAUUCAGCUUAACAAAAGAGUGAUUUCUGGUUUAAUUGAAUCCAAACACACACACACACACACCCAUCAGUCCUCAGAUGCACAGUAGAGCACUUGGCCGCGGUGAUACAGAUGCUAGCCUGACACCACCUCAGUCAGCAACAUAUUACCUCUACUCUCCUUACAUUCACUCGAUGUUUAUUUUAGAUUUGAUGUUUUGUUUUGUUUUUUUAUUCUUACUGGACAUAAAUAUACAUAAUUGCUAUUUUUUCAUGAUGUAGAAUCACGAUUUCAAGCCUUUUUUUUUCUAGUUUUCUUUUGUUUGUUUUUAUUACUUUUUAAUUAAAACCCAGACUGUAGCUGUUUCUUUGUUUCCUUUUAUUUUUAUUUUUUAGAAUGAAAAUGACUAAUAAAAAGCAUGGAGAACUACUCUUUAAAUGGUGAGAAAUAACCUAUUUAUUAUCCUUUUUUUUGUUUUUGUUUUUUUCUGACACCUGUGGUAUGUUUUGAGUUGAAGUUGGUCUCCGCUGUGUAAAUUUUCCUCCUUGUAAUGCGUGAAAGAGACAUACUGUACAUAGCUGUGUAAAUAAAAACAAACCUCCCAGGAC